UGUGCGGUCAGCGCGGGCGCCGCCCCCGGGCCCCGCCCCGCCCCGCCCCGCCCGGACACCGGGGCAGCGGCAACACGGCUUUAACAGCUCUCUGGGAACCGAAUGAGCCCCAAGCAUGGAGAUGGGUAACCAACACCCUUCCCUCAGGAGGCUGCAGGAAAUCCAGAAGGAAGUCAAAGGCGUCGAACCGCAGGUGGUUGGUUUCAGCGGCCUGGCCAACGACAAGAACUACAAAAAGCUGGAGCGGGUCCUGACCAAGCAGCUCUUCGAGAUCGACUCCGUCGACACGGAAGGCAGAGGGGACGUCCAGCAAGCGAGGAAGAGGGCGGCCCAGGAAACCGAGCGGCUCCUGAAGGAGCUGGAGCAGAACGCCAACCACCCGCGCCGGCUGGAGAUCGAGACGAUCUUCAAGGAGGCCCAGGCCCUGGUGAAGGAGGAGGUCGCUCCCUUCCACAGCGGAGGCAACAGCAUCACCGACGAGUUCGAAGAGGGGAUCCAGGACGUCAUCCUGAGGCUCACGCACGUGAAGACGGGGGGGAAGAUCUCCCUGCGGAAGGCCAGGUACCACACGCUGACCCGGGUGUGCGCCGUGCAAGAGAUCCUGGAGGGCUGCAUGAAGCAGCAGCCGUCCCUGCCGCUCUCCGACGGGGCCCACCCUUCCGUCGCCAAGAUCAACUCGGUCAUGUCCGAAGUGAACAAGGCCCGCGGGACCCUGAUCGCCCUGCUCGUGGGCGUGAACAACGGCGAGACCUGCCGGCACCUGUCCUGCGUCCUCUCGGGCCUCACCGCCGACCUGGAUGCCCUGGACGUCUGCGGGCGCCCGGAGAUCCGGAACUACCGGAAGGAGGUGGUGGAGGAAAUCAACAAGCUGCUCAAGUACCUGGACCUGGAGGAGGAAGCGGACACCACCUACGCCUUCGACCUGGGCCAGAACCAGUCCAUCCUGAGGAUCGAGGCGGUGCGCAAGAAGACGAGGGCCGUGAGGAACGAGCUCCUCCAAGCCCAGAACCCGGCCGACCCGUACCUGGGCUCCAAGUCGGAGCUGCAGGGCCUGAUCGGCCAGCUGGACGAGGUGAGCGCGGGCAAGAACCCCUGCAUCCGUGAGGCGCGGAGGAGGGCGGUGGUGGAGGUGCAGACCCUCAUCACCUACGUCGACCUGAAGGAGUCCCUGGCCGAGCGGCAGACGUUCGCCGGCGAAGAGCACCCGUCCCUCCGAGCCGUCUGGAGCGUCCUCGGGAGCCUGGCCGCCAUCCAGGGCGAGGUCCUCUCCUUCGACGGCAACCGGACGGACAAGAACUACAUCCGCCUGGAGGAGCUCCUCACCAAACAGCUCCUCGCCCUCGACGCGGUGGACCCGCAGGGAGAAGAGAAGUGCAAGGCGGCCAGGAAACAGGCGGUCAAGCUGGCCCAGAACAUCCUCAGCUAUCUCGACAUGAAAACCGACGAGUGGGAAUACUGACGGCCCCGGGCGACGCGGCGCUUUUUGCACUUUAUGUAGACUUCGAUCGAUAUAUAUAUUUAUAAAGAGUUCCUGCAGCCGGUCGAUCCCCCCCGCCCCGGCUCCCCUCCCGCCCACGUGAUUUCAACUUGCCCGUUUCGGUCCGAGCGUUCGGUCGGGGUCUCUGACUCGGAGCAAAUCGAUGUCUUUCUGCCGCUUUUGCCGGUGCGGGACGGGUUGGGGGGUGGUCGGUCAGUCGCUCCCGGCUUGUCACGGUCCCGUUUGGUUCAGAUGACUGGCCCGGGGUGCGUUUUAUACCGGGCUUGGGGCGGGGGAAGGGGGUGGGGAACGGGUUCUGCUAGAGACAGAGGCUGUAGUGAUCCAUCCCUUUUUAAAACCGAUAACACGGAAGAUAUAGUGCAGUUCUUUGGGGAGCUAGGCCGAUAGAUUACAGUGCUGGAAAAGGCGGGGGGAAACCAGAAAUGAGCAGCGAUUGACCAGAUUUAGAGCCAGGCUUGAAGAUAUGACCAGGAGGAAAAGUCUGCCUUCAGAAUUUCCCCCCGAACCCUGCGGGGAGUAAGUAGUCGGAGCCGCGGGAUUUUUUUAGGGACCGCUUGGUGUGGUGCCCUGUAUUAGACACUUGGCAAAUACACAGUAACGGAGUGAUAGGUUUCCCACCCACUGUGGGGAGAGAGAGAUAUUGACAGCUAGAGCGAUCAGAAUAAGUAAAUCAAGCGGCCAUAACAAACACGAAGGUGGAAAUGCAGGGAAAAGGAACCCCUCCGUUUUGCAGGUUAACUUUUUUUUUUCUGGUUUUCAAACAACCUUAACCACAAUGGAAAAAGAAUAAAGGGCAUUAAAAGAGCAGAUCAGAUGCAACCGUAACCGAAUGGAUAGCAUCCCUUUGGGGUAUCAGUAUUUUAUUUCGUUUGCCUGGUGGCUAAAUCUGAACUGCAAAAAUUCCCGAGCACUUGAUUAAGGUCAGGGAGCCUCGGCUCUUUGGCGGAUCUUUCUGGGAUCCUACUGACUGACCAACUCCCUCCGCCAUAACCAGAAAACUCUGGAAACCAAUGGACCGUAACUGCCGGUGAACAAGAAGUUAGAGCCGUUAGAGAACGGCCCUGUCAGAGGUCGCCCGUCCACUGAAUGGGCCGGCCCGGCAAGUCUUCCUCAGGGCCGACCGUCGCGUAGGCCUCGGCCCCGGGCGUCAUCAAUGUCGUCGACUAUCCGCAGGCUGUAGGAAACCUCGCUGGGACCACGGGACUGGAUGGCCGGGAAGCCGUGCGCUGCUGUGGGUUGAGAACCCUGAACCGGACGGCGCUCGGGAUAUCCGGCCGCUGGAAGGUGACUGAGACUCUCUGUCAUUUUCAGCGUGGGAUGUCUGCUUAAGCUGACGAGUUUAUGUGUUUAGGGGAAUGUCUUCUAAAUAGACUGUGGGAUCCUUCCCAUUCGCUCGUAUAAAGGACUCGAGGAAAGCCCCGGAUGCUUUUCGUCAGAGCCCAGCUGGCUUCCGACAGUAUCCCGUCUGCCCCGUGGCGGGUGGCUGUUUCCCCAAAGCCAUACUUUGAAUCCGAGAGACAGUUUUUGUAGAGAUCUUUCUCUCAGACUGGGCUUCAGCCCACGCGAGUCCAGAGGAGAAAGUCAUUGAAAGCCACUGCAGCGUGGCAGGGAGGGGCACCAGAUGAUCCAGAUGAUGCUUUUUAAAGAUCACCUUCUAAAGGUGCUUGGAUCCCGCCCUCACCCACCGCUCUGAACGCCACAGUUCACUGGCAUAUCGGACUUGGGGAGGGCACUGAAGAGAAGCAUGGUAACAUCCGGCCUUUUCCUCCCACAGGCCUCAGUCCUGACUCGGGUCCUGCCUCGUUCUAGGACCUGCUGCCAUGCAUUUUCUGGGUUUAGCCCUAAUUUAAUUCACAGAGAGAGGGGCGAAAGUGGAGAAAGAGCUCAAGGGUCGACGCUUAACUGUGAUCCCGUUAACUUUAGUUUUAUUGAUCACGGUUCAAGCCGUCGUUCGGGAAAAGUUUAUCUUUCCCGUAGAUCAUUUCUAUUCCAUUUCAUUAUGCUCCUCAAAGGAAACGGUAACGAAUCUCCAGACUUAGUCUGAAUCCACUGCCUUAAAAUCCAAUUUUUUUUGAAAGAAUGAUUAUUUUGCUCUAAGUCGUGAGAGCAUUCCAAAAUUCUGCAACGAUCUCUCAACAGUACUGCCAGGUCCCGUUUCCUACUGCCCUCCGACUCCCGAUAGGAGCCCCUCCUCCCACGUCCUCAAACCUGUUAAAGAUUUUAAUAAGCUCCCCCUCAAGUCCCAAAGGCAAGAUGAUUUUCUGCCCUGAUGGAAAUCCUUGCUGGGACGCAUCGGAACUCACUGCCGCAGUAGCUUCGUUUCUGCCACUGAUGUUUGUACCCCCAAUUUGGAAGGGGGUUCAGAGCCGUGGGGUGGGCAGAGGUGGCAGAAACGAGAUUCCCCUAGGUUCUGUGAACAUCUCAGUUCCUCACUUCAGCUUCUCAGAAGUGGAUCCCUCCUCACCCUCCCCUUCUUACGGGCGAGUCUGGUUGCGACUCCAUGAAAUGGAAGAUUGAAAGCAGAUUGGUCCUUUCCCCUCUCCGUGGUGCCCCUCCCAAACAAUUAAAUGGGCUUGUGGACUGUAAAGGAUUUUUUUUUAUUUAUUUCUCAUUCCUGUGUUGAAGGAUUAAAUUUACUCUGUAGACCCAGCCAGAGAAUGUUUUUGUCUGCUCUGAGGUGCUCAGGGAUCCAGAAAGGCAGAUGACGGACCAACUCAGAAUGCAGCGGUUGUUUUAAAAAUGGAAUUUACCCAACGGAAUCGAAAAGAAAGGCUUUAUUUUACUAAAAUGCCGUGGAACUGUAUAUUUAAAACGGAGCUAGUUAUAUAUUUUAUAUGUUCGGAGUAAGGAGUUCUAUUUUUUGCUUAUUGUGUUUGCUUCCCCCAUUUGGGCUGAUCUGUGAGACCGUCAAGCAUUCUCUGCAGUCACGUGGGCUUCCGUCUCGCCGGGUAUUUGAGAAGUCUUUCUUUAUCUUGGAAGGAAGUGUUUGCCGUUGAUAUGGAACAAAAUGUAAAUGAUUUUCGCGAGUAUGCCUCAGUGUGUGGGUGUGUGUGCAGCUCUGCCCUGUUCAGUCUGUUUGGAGAACAACUGUAGUGGUAGAUAUAAUUUUAAGUGUCGUUCCGAGUAUCAGAAACUGAUUUAUCUUAAAUAAAAUCCUUCAAAUGGUUAAAAAACAAAAAAGGGCA